ACUCCACUCACUGCCGGAUCAGCUCCACAACUCCUAUAAAUCGGCGCCACCAACACCACGGAAUCUCCCACCUACGCCGCUGCACACUCCAACAGUCCAACCAACCACCAAGAUACAUACAUUCUCCCGGAAUCAACCGGAGCAGGAGCCGUCGAUCGAGAUGGGAGAUCAGCGAAAUGCCUCGUCGUCGUCGUCGUCGUGCCGCGGCCGGCGGGGCCCGGCCGGGUUCGGGCUGGCGCUGGCCCGGCUGGUGCGGAGGAUGCGGAGGCGGAGCAAGAUGCUGCUGUGCAGUGCGGCUCCCACGGGCGCGUCCUCCCGGUGCCGCCAGUACGACCCGCUCAGCUACGCGCGCAACUUCGACUGCGACGGCUUCGGCACCGCGCUGUACGACGACGUCUCCGGCGCCGGCCACCUCUGCCACCACUACAGCUUCGCCUCGCGCUUCGUGCUCGCCUCCUCCGACGCCCGCCAGCCGCUCUAGGAGUCUAGGACGGCAGGCCGGCCGGUGAGCGAGCUGGUCGCAAGUAGCACUAGCGUAGCCAGAGCUGCUCUGUUUUUUGUUUCGUUCUUUGUCCCCCGGCUUCAGCUAGCGGAGUAGCUAGUAGAUGGUAUGCGUGUUCAUAUGUGGGGUCGACUUCCAGGCCGGCCUCCUUGUCUCCUAAAAUUUGUGACCACUUGGAGAGCUGCAGGCAAAUUAGCCAAGUGGAUGAAAUGUUUUCAACAUAUAAA